CACGGCUUCUACGCUCCCUAACUGGCCGUCGCUGCUCUGCCCUCCUACUAGGUAAAUUGUUGAGAGUUUCGGGCGGAGUUGAGGAGAAAUGCUUUAUAUUGGGGAGGUAAAAGCAGACCGGGUUGGAUAUCUCUGCGACGGAUUGUCACACGGCGGAAGAACGGCUAACGGGACAUAAAUAAAAAUGCCUUCAGAUAAAGGGGAUGGCGGAUGGAAGAAGUUUUUCUGGAAUUCGGAGAAAGGAGAGCUGCUUGGACGUACCGGAGGCAGUUGGUUCAAGAUUUUCUUGUUCUAUGUCAUUUUCUAUGGCUGCCUGGCUGGGAUCUUUAUCCAAGCCAUGCUGCUCACCCUGAGCAACUACAAGCCUACAUGGCAGGACAGAGUCGCACCACCUGGCCUCACGCACACUCCACAAUCAGACAAAACUGAGUUCUCCUUCAACCUCAACGAUGUAGCCAGCUACUUGCCUUAUGUCAAGGACAUGAAGGAAUUCUUGGCCAAGUAUGAUGAUGAGCACCAGAGAGACGAUAUGAAGUUCCAGGACUGUGGAGAUGAGCCUGCAGAGUACAGGAAUCGGGGCAACUUGGAGAGCGAUGUGGGCAUCAGGAAGGCCUGUCGUUUCUCCAGGUCCCUACUGGGACCUUGCUCUGGCAUCGAGGACCGUGAGUUUGGUUUCAAGGAGGGCAAGCCCUGUCUGAUUGUAAAGCUAAACAGGAUUGUCAACUUCUGGCCAAGGCCUCCUAGCUCUAAUGACAGCAUCCCAGAAGGGGCUCGACCCAAGGUGCAGCCCAAUGUGAUCCCAAUCUACUGCACAAGCAAGAAGGGGGAGGAUGCUGGUAAAAUUGGGGAGAUUAUGUACUAUGGUAUUGGUGGCGGCUUCCCCUUGCAGUACUACCCCUACUAUGGCAAGCUGCUCCACCCUCAGUACUUGCAGCCGCUGGUAGCGGUGCAGUUCACCAACCUGACCAUGAAUGCUGAAGUGCGCAUCGAGUGCAAAGUGUUUGGAGAAAACAUCCACUACAGCGACAAAGACCGCUACCAGGGACGUUUUGACGUCAAGGUCCGGGUCAACAAUGUAUGACUGACAUCAGGACCACCAUAGCACUUUCCCUGACCCCCCCACCCCCCACACACCCCUUUGUCCUUAAAUAAAAACCAGUCUAAUGUAGGAGAUAAGUAAGAAGGGUAGUGGUUAAGUCUAUCACAACAAGCCUUGAAUUAAUAACAAGAAUUGACUGCUUUCAUCACUAGCUUCUGUCUAGCAUUAGAAUGUAAGAGUAGCAAUGGGCCUGAUAAAGAACAUUUAUUUAGCUGUAAAUGAGACUUUCCGACAAGCCAUGAGGCAUUGCUCAUCGAUGAGCAUAAACUGUAAUUCCAUCCAUGUGUAGUGACCUGUGUUCGUCCCCCUCUGCAUAUCGCUGCCUUGUGUGGUUUCAGUAGAUAGUUCUGGAGUGGUUACACAGUUCUCAUGUUUUUUCUGUGGGGAGAACUGUUGAGGUUUAGCCACAGAAAAAGCAUGAGAACUAUGUGACCACUCCAGAACAAGGUACAUGUGUAUGUGAGAUAUGAACACACACUCCGACUUAACUUAAUGAAUGAAAAAGUUGGUACACUCCUCUGAUCUGUGUAAGGAAAAGUCAGCACUCCAGGGAAGUUAGUUCCUCCUGUCUUUUACAUCUGAUCAUAAGAGACCCUUUUUACCUUAUUUUCUAUUUGUGCUUUAUUGAAUCACAAAAGUGUGUGAAAGGAUGUUAUUACUUGGUGUCAUGCCUUUUGCAGUGAAUGUAGUGUUGUGUGUCCACUGUCCAGCCUGUUAGCCACAUUGGCCUGCUAUAAGGGCAAUGGUGCUAACUCAAGAUUUUUUUUUUCUUUUGCUGGAUUCAUCACUGCAUUGUCAUGGAACUUUAUGAAUGUUUUAGCCAUUAAACAUGUUGGAAGAAUUUUAUAUUUAUACAGUUGUACAUUUUUGUUUCUUUUCAGAAUAUUGUAUAAAUGUAACACCAAAGUGAUGAAUUGAAAGUCUUCCUGAGAAGCGGUACAGACUCGUUUUCAGGAUCUCAUUAUGUUAAGUGGUAAAGUCGAUGUAUUGCCUUGCGACAUUUCAGUGGUCAACUCUUGAUUUGUGUUUUGCACAUGAAUGUAGUUUGGUGUAGAAUCAACAGAACAGGCAGUUUAAUUCCACAAUGACCUGAUGUUCAUGCAUUUCAUAAUGUCUUCCUUCAGAGCUCAAGGCUUUAGGUGAGUAAUGAUGUUGGCUUUAAUAUUCCAUUGGAUCUAAUGCUGAUGUGAAAUAGAACUAACAUCACUCAACUUUCCAUCAGUUCCUCCACCUUGUCAUUUAAUCAAGGAUAGAAACAAAUAAAAUCAUAAUGGACCUUU